CAGAACUGCAGAGGAAUCCGUUUGAGACGACGUGGUAUACCUUCUACUUAAAGUGUUUUCUUCUUCUUCGCCGUUACCUCCUGAUGUCUGCAACAAACGUUGCGUUUUUGUUCGAAGGAGAUGUGAGUCGCCGUAGUGACGGUGGGCACCGGAGACCUCAGUCGUGAGAGAUUAGGCUGAAACUUGUUCUCCGUCCUGUGUCUGUGCUCGCUCUCUCUCUCGUGCACGUCUGUCCACUCACAUUUUGUGGGUCUAAUGUCAGCGCGAACUCCAGAACAUGGGAGGACUGUGAGGCACUCCAUGUCAUCGGAGAUCAGCAGGCGUGAACAGGUGUGGAGGUGGAUGUCAACAGAGACGACGUCUGAUCAGUGAGCAGACACGAUGGCGUGGCGGCGGGCAUGGUGGUCUGCUCUGCUCACGCUGGCAGCCACGUACCUCGACCUCUCCUUGGAGUUCACCUCGGACACACUGAUCAACAACGUGGUGGCGGACUCUCGUACGGGUCGGCUGUACGUUGGCGCCGUCAACGCCCUGUACCAGCUGGACUCCGAUCUCCGUGUAGAGUCCCGCGCCAAGACGGGACCCAAACUGGAUAAUCGGCAGUGCACGCCACCCAUCACCGGAACCUGCGAGAAACCAGUGGACACGGACAACCAUAACAAGCUCCUCUUGGUCCACGGCGCCAAGGACACCCUGGUGGUUUGUGGCAGCAUCUUCAGAGGAAUCUGCUCGCUGAGGAACCUGAGCAGUGUGGAGGACCAGCUGUACUUCAGCGACACCAAAGGAGAGAAGUCGUACGUGGCGAGUGCCGAGGAGGGCGUGUCCGUGGUGGGCGUCAUGUCCUAUUUCUUCAAGGACAAUAAGAAUUUCACUGUGUUCCUGGUUGGUAAAGGUUACGGCAGCUACGACAGCACCAAGCUGAUCUCCACACGCAUCCUGCAGGACUACGGCGACUGGGUGGUUUUCGACAGCAUCAUCGAGGCCUCGGCGGUCCAGGCCAACCCCUUCGUCCUGCGUUAUCUCCACGACUUCCGCUUCACUUUCAAAGACGGCGGCUAUGUCUACUUCCUGUUCUCUCGGACACUGGGUUUGCAGGACAACAAAAACUACACCUUCAUCUCCAGGAUGUGCGAGAACGAUCAUAACUAUUACUCCUACACCGAGCUGCAGCUCAACUGCAGCCACGCCAACAAGUACAACAAAGUUCAGGCUGCUUAUGUAGUGCCACCCGGUGAUGUUUUGGCCAAGAUCAUGAGCGAAAUCUACCCAUGUGUCACCUUGUCAGAAGAUCCAGCUUCUGACCAGAUGCUGUUUGUCACCUUCACUUCUGACGAGGAUCCGCCCACAUCGGCCAUGUGUGUGUACCCUCUGUGCGCCAUUAACCAGCGGCUGGUGGAGAUCAUAGGAGCCUGCUACAGCGACGGCGGCAACAUCAACAACAAGGUGGCCGUGUACUCGCCGUACUCCUCCAAGUCUGAGAAACUGUGCAGCAGCAACAGUCAGAAAAACAGGGCGGUUAGAUACAAGUGUGGUGCAGAGUUCCUGCCCUCCCCGUUGGCCAGUAAGGCCGAAUUCGCCUUAGCAGCAAUGCAUGCCUUGAUCCAUAAAGGUCCUAUGACGGCGGUGGCUGUGGCUGUUGAACUGGGGCACACGGUGGCGUUCCUGGGCAUGGCCUCCGGAGAGGUGCUGAAAGUGCAUCUGUCUGCACACCCCGAGGUCUACGGACGAAUCCCCAACGACGGCACCAAGGUCAACAAAAACCUGAUGUUCGAUUCCCGCCUGCAGUACCUGUACGUCACCACCGAGAAAAAGAUCACAAAGGUUCCGGUUCAGGCGUGCCACCUGAAGGCCGACUGUGGCUCCUGCGUCUCCAUGAGGGAUCCGUACUGCGGCUGGUGCGUCCUGGAGGGACGGUGCACCAGGAAGCAGGACUGUGAUAGGUCGGCGGAGGAGAACGCCUGGCUGUGGUCGCCCAAUCAGACGUGUCCCGAGAUACAGGCCUUCAGCCCGCCGCAUAUCAGCUGUAAGAAGACCCAGCAGGUGGAGAUAAGCGUAUCGGCGCUGCCCAGACUAGGCCCAUCUGACAGGCUGCAGUGCGUCUUCGGAUCCGUCCAUAACGGCGCCAUGAUGGACGGGAUGCGGGUCAUCUGUUCGCUACCCGAUCCAGUCGAACUCCCACCCACUCCUGAUCAUCAGGAUUACGUGUCCGUCCCGGUAAAGGUCGUUGUGAAUGACGACGUCGAGGUGACAUCGAAAGUCUAUCACUUCUAUAACUGUGAGGCGACAGGCAGAAACAACCAGAACACGCCAUGUAUCGCGUGUGUGACGAGCGAGUGGGGCUGUCAGUGGAACCCUCGGGAUCACAGGUGCAGCGAUGAGGACGCAGAUGUCGCUCACGUAGUCAAACCUCAGCAGCUGCACAGUUGUCCUCAGUUUGAGUUCCUGGAGCCGCGGUUGAUCCCAGUGGGGUACAGGAUCCCAAUCAGCUUUCAGGGCAGGAACCUGGACAUCUACCUGGGUCACAAGUUUUCCAUCAGCACUGAGCUGAUGAAGCACACAGAAGAUGUCACACAGGAGCCGGGGUCAAAGUUCAGAUUCAGAGGUUACGAGUUUUCGUACGACAAGCAGCAGGAGGUGAAUGUUUCGUUCCACAUCACCGAGCGAGGCACGGACAGGAGCAUUGACAGCACCCUGACAGUCGUUCUGUAUAACUGCUCCAUGGGACGAGACGACUGCAGUCUGUGCAAACAUGCCCACGCUCAGUACCAGUGUGUUUGGUGCACCGCCACACACUCCUGCCUUUACCGGGAGCUCUGUAUGUCUCCGGAGCCGGAACAGUGCCCCGACCCUGUCAUUACCGACAUCAUCCCUCGCUUUGGUCCUCUGAACGGCCGCAUCUCCGUGACCAUCAAAGGCUCCAACAUGGGAAUAAAGAAGGAAGACGUGAAGACCAUCACGGUGGCCGGCGUGACCUGCAGGCACCAGCAGGACCGCUACUCCGUGUCCACCAGCGUGGUGUGUGAGAUUGGCCCAGCGAAGCAAACGCCACCGUUCGACCUCCCACUUGAACCCGUGACCAGUGGGAUCGUGGAGAUGGAAGUGGAAGGAGGAAGACGGGGGAGGUCAACAGUCAUUUUUACCUAUCGGGAUCCCAAACCAAAGACGGUGCAGCCGGUGAGGGGCCCCACAGCCGGGGGGACCGUCAUCACCAUCAUUGGAGACGACCUGGACACGGCCUCAAAAGAUGACGUCACUGUCACCGUGGGCGGAGUUCCGUGCCAAAUUGUGUUGUUCGGCAAAGAGAUCACCUGCAAGACGGGCAAGUACCCGGGUCACAAGGGCCCCCCAGAGCGGCUGACGGUGGCGGUGAAGUACGGUAAAAACACCACCAAGUAUGUGCCGUCGAUUUACCAGUACUCUGAAAACCCGGUGGUCAAAGAUUUUGACCCCAAAGCCAGUUUCAUGUGCGGUGGUCGGAGGAUCGUGGUGGUCGGAAACGGUUUUGAUCUUAUCCAGAGAGCCAUGAUAAGGGUAGCACCGUCUUCUGACAAGUCUUCAGGUGGUGACACUCCUGUGCAGUUCCUGCAGGGCACCGUGAGUAAGAAUGACACAGUGCUGGAGUUCUUCUCGCCGGCGGUGAACUGCUGCUCGGACCCUCAGUCCCUCAGGACCGUCGUGCACCUGGACAACAUGGAGGAGGAGCUGACGGGCUUCGCCUACCACCCCGACCCCACCUUCAAUGAGCUGACCAAGAAUGUCAUCACGGAGACCAGCAUCAUCAUUGUGACCGGUCACGGUUUCUCCAAAGCAAUGACAGCCAGAGAGGCCCAGGCGUUUGUUGGCGAUGCCGCCUGUCACGUGAAUAUACUUCAAGAUGACAAGUUGUUCCUGGAGGCUCCGUCCUCACAGCCUCGUUCCCGGUCCAAGCGCCAACGCAGAGACACGACCAGCGACCUGCUGGAGCUCGUGGUGAAGUUUGGUCACGGUGAGUGGAUGGUGGGUUCCGUGUACUACGCCCGGAAAGACGAGGUUCCUCUGGCCAUCAUCAUCCCAGCGGUUGUUUUACCGAUGCUCUUCUUCAUCGCCGUGUCUGUGUACUGCUACAGGAGGAAGAGUCAGCAGGCGGAGCGAGAGUACGAGAAGGUGAAACACCAGCUGGAGAGUUUGGAGGAGAGCGUCCGAGAUCGCUGCAAGAAGGAGUUCACCGAUCUGAUGAUUGAGAUGGAGGAUCACACCAAUGACCUGAGCGAAGCUCGCAUCCCCUUCCUGGAUUACAAAACCUACACAGACCGAAACUUCUUUCUGCCUUCCAAAGAAGAAGCCGAUGACGCCAUGAUCACCGGAAAAAUACAAAUCCCAGAAGGCCGCAGGGCUGUCGUGGCCCAGGCCCUCAACCAGUUCUCCAACCUGCUGAACAGCAAAACCUUCUUGAUCAACUUCAUCCACACGCUGGAGAGUCGCCCGGACUUCAGUGCCCGGGCUCGGGGUUAUUUCGCCUCUCUCCUGACGGUGGCGCUGCAUGGUAAACUGGAGUAUUACACCGACAUCAUGAGGACGCUGCUGUUGGAGCUGAUGGACGAACACGUGCAGAACAAAAACCCCAAACUCAUGCUGAGGAGGUCAGAGACGGUGGUGGAGAGGAUGCUCUGCAACUGGAUGUGCAUUUGUCUCUAUCAGUUCCUCAGGGACACAGCGGGAGAGCCGUUGUACAAACUCUUCAAGGCCUUAAAGCACCAGGUGGAGAAGGGUCCGGUGGACGCCAAGAUGAAGAAAGCCAAGUACACGCUGAACGACACGGGCCUGCUGGGGGACGACGUGGAGUACGCCGUGCUGACACUACAGGUCUUGAUCCACGGCGAGGGUCCUGACGUGACUCCUGUCAAGGUUUUGAACUGCGACACCAUCUCCCAGGUCAAAGAGAAGAUCAUCGAUCAGGUCUACAGGAACCUGCCGUACUCACAGAGGCCAAAGGUCGACAGCGUUGCUUUGGAGUGGCGCCCUGGUUCCACAGGACAGAUCCUGUCUGACCUCGACUUGACCUCUCAGAAAGAAGACCGCUGGAAGAGACUCAACACGUUGGCUCAUUACAACGUUCGGGAUAACGCCACGCUGGUUCUGUCCAAAGUUCUGCACAUGCAGGCGUUCCACCAGCACCAGGACUGCCCGGAAGAGAAAAACGCGCUGCUGGAGGAAGACAACACGUUCCACCUGGUGAGACCAGCUGAUGAAAUGGACGAAGGCAAGUCGAAGCGAGGCAGCAUGAAGGGCAAAGCCAUGACCAAAGCCAUCACCGAGAUCUACCUGACCCGCCUCCUGUCUGUCAAGGGAACCCUCCAGCAGUUUGUGGAUGAUUUCUUCCGCAGCGUCUUGUGCUCCGGCUCCGUCGUGCCACCUGCCGUCAAAUACUUCUUUGACUUUCUGGACGAGCAGGCACUAAGACACGACAACGUGGACGAGGAGACGCUGCACAUCUGGAAGACCAACAGCUUGCCUUUGCGGUUUUGGAUCAAUAUCCUGAAGAACCCCCACUUCAUCUUUGACGUCCACGUGACGGAGGUGGUGGACGCGUCGCUGCACGUCAUCUCGCAGACCUUCAUGGACGCCUGCACCAAGACGGAGCACAAACUCAGCAGAGAGUCUCCCAGCAACAAACUGCUCUAUGCAAAAGAAAUUUCCACGUACAAGAAGAUGGUGGACGAUUACUAUCGAGGCAUCAGACAAAUGGUUCCGGUCAGCGAUCAGGACAUGAACACUCACCUCGCUGAGGUGUCGCGGCAACACACAGACAAGUUGAACACCCAGGUGGCCUUACAUCAGCUGUACCAGUACGCCAGCAAAUACUAUGACGUGAUCAUCCAGUCCUUGGAUGAAGACCCGGCAGCCCAGAAUAAACAGCUCACGCUCCGCCUCCAACAGAUCGCUGCUGCCCUGGAGAACAAGGUCACCGACCUCUGACCCCACGUUGGCGCCUGGAGGAGUGGCUUAUGGACAGGAAGCACAGGAUCUUACAAUUUUAAAGACCCCCAACAAGAUGAGCGUUGCCGACUUUGCAGAAUGUAUGACUAUGUAAGGACCAAUGUGGGAGGGGCUAAUGGAGCUGCGGAGAACCAAUGACCUUAUAUGGAUUGAAGGGGAGGGACAUUUAAACUCUAGAGGAUGCGUUCGACCAUAUCAAGAACCGGCGGUUUGGAAAUGUGGAAGGUACAGAGAAGGUGUUGUGAUGGAAAUCAAAGUGCUGUUACGUGGUUCGAUGGAAGAUUUUGACUUGGUGUCCAAAACCAGGGGGGGAAAAAAAAAAACAAAAAACGAGGGAUGUGACGUCUGUAACACGGCUGCUGAAGUGAAUUCUGUGAAAUCAGUGAGGUUUUUUUUUUUUUGUUUUUUUUAGCUGUGAUGAAGUGGACGCAGUUUCUGUAAAGGUUAAGUUCACACUAAAAGGGCUGAAGGAGGAAGUGCCACACAUGAAGUGAAGCUCUUUUUUUUUAUUGAAGUAAUUGAAUGAAGUAAUGGUAUUAAUGGAUGCCCCCCCCCACCACUCAGCUGUUUGUUUUUUGUGUGUGUCUGAGUUGGAAGGACAGCAGAGCAGUACAGUUUUAUGACCACUUCUUUGCUUCCUGUGGAUUUGCCUCUAACCACUGAUCUGAGGCCAGUUCACUACGUUCGUCCAAAAGCAUGGAAGCAUUUUGGAUUGACAGUUGUUCACAUACAAGCCAGCAGACUGAAAAGUAAUGGACCAACAGAUAGCUGGUACGGUACAGUUAGGCGUGUUGGAUCGGAUGAUGCGCGGGAAUUCACGUGAGUUCAGGGUACGAAGAAAAGUGUUGUCCACAUAUCAAGUGGUAACAUGGACAGUCAUUCCUUCAUCAAUGCCAAAUGUUUUUCUGUAUCAGACAAACUGCAGUAUGUGUUUAUAUGCUGAUGAUACUUUGCUAAGUUGAAUUCAUUUCAUCCCGUGCAGUUGAACCUUUGCUGAUUGUUUUGCUUUGAAAUGCACAAAAAGAAUCAUUUUUAAUGAACAGCAUUUAUUUUUAUGCUUUUACUUGGUAAAAUGUAGUCUGUGAUGUCACUUCCAUGCAUACUUGAUGCCAUUUGAUACCGAUGUGAACUGGUACAGAUUGCCUGUUUUUAACUGCAACAUGACUGCUGAAUCAUGUGGCCUAAAACAAAAUUAUUAAAAAAAACCACUUUCAUUUAUAAAAAUUUAUUUUGCCUUAUUUUCUGUUCGUUAUGCAGCAUAAACAUUUUAUUUUGUUUUUCUGUUUAACUGCACACAUCAGUGGACAUGAUGUCUUAAAGACUGGAUGUCCAUCAGUCCUUAAAAUAAAUGAGAAAUUAAAA